CAGUGCGCAGGCACCGGGAGCGGGGCUCGCACAUAACACUGGAGAGGCUCAACGGGAUGGGACCGGAACAAGGAGAGCCCCGCAGCUAGCAGCCCAGCUCCGCCGGGAAAGUUCGUAAGGAUGAGUGCGUGCGCUGACAUCUGUGGGUCCAAGCAGUCACAAAAUACUCCUGAAGGAGGUUACCAUCGCUAUGGAGUUCGGUCCUAUCUGCACCAAUUUUAUGAGGACUGCACAGCUUCAAUAUGGGAAUAUGAUGAUGAUUUUCAGAUACAGAGAUCGCCAAGUAGGUGGAGCUCUAUUAUCUGGAAGGUCGGACUCAUAUCGGGCAUUGUCCUCAUGCUAACAGGUAUAACGGUACUAUCAGUUGGGUUCCUGGUGCCAGCAAAAGUCGAAGCCUUUGGAGAAGUUGGUUUUUUUGUGGUGGAUAGCCAUGCAGUCCAAUUCAAUGGAGCACUUGAUAUUUGUAAAUUGGCAGGCGCGGUCAUGUUUUGCAUUGGGGGAACUACAUUAGCAGCAUGUCUUUUAAUGUCUGCUUUUGCUAAAAGUUACUCCAAAGAAGAGAAGUACCUUCAACAAAGAUUCAAAGAGAGAAUAGCAGACCUUAAGGCUCACGUGCACCCUGUGACCAAGGCCCCGGCUCCUGGAGAAUCAAAGAUACCUGUCACUCUAUCCAAGGUUCAGAAUGUCCAACCUUCAUCUGAAACCUGACAUUUACACAUCACUGUACGCAUAAUCAAAUUGAAAAGGUCAGCUUUUGUGAGUGUUACAGUAAAGUCUUUUGCAGUACAGUUCCACUGUACGUGGCCGAAAAAAAAAAUGAAUAGGCCAAAUAAUGGCAAAAUGUGAAAAGAUCCUGAAUUUCUGUGUGUUAUUGUUGGGAAGCUUACCUGUCCUAAAUGGUAAAUCUUCUAAAUGGAACACUGCUGUUAUUCAGUGUGUCCCAUCAAUAGUUCCCAGUGGUGACGGCAAAAUAAUGUCUGUGUUGUGCUGUUCUUUUCACACUCGCUUAUUAUGUUCUUA